UCUCUCUCUCUCUCUCUUCAUUUUCGUUCUGCUAAAUUUGAUCUAUUUAGAAAUAUCGCAAAGUGUAUCUGCAGCAGUUUAACCAUAUUUAUUACACUAAAUCGGAAAGGGAAUUGAGCCGGAGCUUGUGCGAUAAACUGGAUCAAGAAUUUAUUAUCCUCUACGUUACUACGAUAUAUUGAAAAAAACAAGGAGAUUUUUUUUAUAUUACGACAGUGAAAUAUUUACGAGAUCGAUAAACGAGUCGAGUAUCGCGUCAUGUCGCUAAGUUUUAACAAGAACGAAAAUCCACCAACCACCUGUUCGCUUCUCUUGCGGAUUGUUAUCCUCGCAUUGGUUGUCCAGUUUGCGAAUUCCGUCCGAAACGAGUAUCGUUGGGGGCUCGGAUUCCGGGGAUUUCAAUCCAAAAAGAAUUUUGAUUCCACCGUCUUGUUGAAUGACGAAAGAAAAAAUCCCGAUCUUUAUCUCUACAAAAGUCCGAUCCAGUUGACAGUUAAUUACGGCGUGAUUAACGAACACGGGGUUAAAAAUCGCGACGCAUUUGACGCGGAGAAUCGGGAACCAUCAUUCAGUUAUGAUAAUCAUCUUUCAAUCCCAAAAGAAAGCGAAGUUGAUGCAUUGACAAGCAACGAUUAUAGCAAAAAAAAGUUGACUCCCAAGCAAUGGAUCGACGCUGCUUUCAAGUCUAGGAAUGAUUUGGACUAUAACAACGCUCGCUUCGAAGGAACGAUUAACUCCAGACAGGGAGAGACAGUUGAUGACGCCGUGGCUCGGAAGAACGAGAAUAUGACGCAGGAAGAAAUGUUCAAGCCAAAAGUGCCCGCCGAAUGCGAGGGGAAAACUGUUUGCAGUAAAACGGAAUAUUAUCCAAUGGAAAUCGUUGAGCAGUUGGUUCGAAAGCUGAAGGAAGACAACGUGAUAAUGUUGCCUCCGUCGAACCCGAUCAAUGUAGGCUCAAGAAGCAGCGCUACCGAGGAUAUUCAAAAUUUGUGCAGAACGACGACAAGCCUCCAAGAGGAUAAAGCUAUUGCUGUAAACGGAACUUGGUACUACGUAUUGCAGACACCGGAAUACGUUCAGAUGAUUGAACACAUUGUUUGCGACAACAGUACUGAGUCACAUUGCGAAAAUGUGAGUGGAAUCACCGACGGUCUAAACGCGAAAAACGCGUCGGUUUGCAAACAGCAUUAUAUCGAACGAUACAUUUACACGUUGGAUAAGGUGAACGGAAAGCCUGCACUUGUCUUCAGACCUUUACAAAUCCCUUCGGGAUGCUGCUGCCAUUACAGAAACUGAUUUCUUCCUCUAUCUUUAUCUCUACCCACGACUUUUUUCAUACGUCUGUCCGAUUAAUCGCUACAAUUUAUUCAAGGCAGCGUCCUGAUGAGAAAACUUUGAAAACCGAUCCUGAGUUGUAGUAAAUUAUUAAUUAUUAUCAUUAUUGUACGUGAUUUUGCGUUACAUUGUAUUUUCCUCAGAUUUUUUCCCAUUCAUUAAUUGCCUUUGAGAUUUUUCUGUAAGCGUAUAAUUAUAUGUAUACAUAUGUACAUUCGUUUUACCAAGGCAGUAUUAAUUUCGGUCCAGUCACUAUUAUUAUUAUUAUUAUUGGUCAAGUUUUGUCGACUUAACGAGCUUGCGAAUAAUUGUUGCGAUUUUUUUUCAAACUCACCAUAUUUCGUUAGUUUCUUAUUACAACGAAUAAACGAAGUGUCGGAAGUAGAGAAAGGGACGAAAAGAACGAUUGAAAUCGUAAAUUGAUUUUAAUUAAAUCGGCUGUGACAUAAAAUUUUCGGAUGUUUUCUUCAAACGAUUUCAAAACGUCCGUCAAUUAUUCUAAUUGUAAAUAAUUUAUUUAAUAUUCUUGAAAAAGAAAAAAAAAAAAAACGAUUAUAAAUUGUUUUACAUUUUUCACGCACACUAUAUUUGUAUAUUUUAUUUAUAUGCCUGUAAAAAUGAUCACUCGC